AUGCACGCAGCGUUUUGGAUCGUUGUAUACAGCAUCGUAGCGUUUGGACCGCUCCAGGCAAAGGCAGCGCAGACGUUCUGCUCGUCAGCCAAUACAGGUUCGACUGCUGCGCAGUCGAACCUGUACCAGAGCAACGGCUGGUGCUCGAAUAAAUGCAACGGGUACCAAUAUGCGAUCGUGCAGGAUUCCGAGUGCUGGUGCUCCAACUCGGGUCCCAGCUCAACGACAGAUCUUAGCGACUGCAGCGAGCAGUGUCCAGGCUACCCGCAGGAGCUGUGUGGGAAUAAGGACUCGGGCCUCUUCGGCUACAUAUACCUGGGCAGCGGAGACCCGUCGUUGGCGGCGGCGUCGUCUGGAACGACCCCGUCGACGUUUAACACCCAAGGUCCGUCGACGUCGUCCAGCGGCCAAGGUUCCUCAACCGGGUCGGCUACCGGGUCGAUCUGGUCCGGCAGCCUUCUCGGCACGGCGCCAGUGUCGCAGUCUGCGAGCCAGACCUCGUCGUCUUCCUCUUCGUCGUCUCUGUCGUCCUCGUGGUCUUUUUCCUCUUCGUCAUCUCUGUCGUCCUCGUGGUCUUCUUCUUCUUCUUCUUCUUCUUCUUCUUCUUCUUCUUCUUCUUCUUCUUCUUUUUCCUCCUCCUCCUCCUCUUCCUCUUCGUCGUCUUCUUCCUCCUCGUCUUCUUCGUCUUCGUCUUCCUCCUCCUCCUCGUCACCGACAUCAACUUCAGCGCCGCCGUCUUCUACCUCCAGUGCCACGAGCCCAAUCGCGACAGCGUCUUCAACCCCUGCCUCUUCGACCUCGAACGCCCAGAAAAUCACCACCUCGGUCAUUUACUCGGUCGAAACCGUCACAGCGGCCGCUACGGCUUCGGACUCGUCCUCUGGAAACCAAAUACUCACCACCCAGGUGAUCACCACCAUAUUUUCAGCAGCGCCCUCGGCAGCUUCAGCACUCUCCUCUGGUAAGGGCUCCAGUGCGAGCUCUGCCAAGAGCGGAUUUUGGGCAUCACCGGGCAAAAUCGCUGGCACUUUCGUCGCUGUGGGUGUAGUCGUGUUUCUGCUUGUGUUUUUCGCGCUUUUCUUCUGGUACAGACGGCGGCACGCUUCUGCUGAAGAUUUUGAGAAACGGUACCACGACGUUGCAGCGCCUGCGAACUCGCUAUCUACUAUGAGCUCGUCCAACAGCUCGACGCCUAAGGCGUUUGUCUACGCUGACGACACCGGGUUCCAGGGUCAUCCUGGCCGGAAGGGCAGUCAUGCCACUACCCCUAUAGCCGCGGCAGACACGAACAGACGAGGCUCGCAAGUGUCCUUAACCAAGGGAGAGCAGAGUCUCGCUCCACAAGAGUCUGAACACACGCCGGUCGUUGUCGACCAAAGAUUAGAUCCGCGACGCAUGUUUAUGGCCCAAUGGGAGAACGAGGGAAGCCGUGUGUCACUCGCAGACGACAUAGACUACUCGAGAAAAGUCCUUAGGGUAAGAAACCAAUGA